AUGAUUCGCGCAUGGAGUAAUGGAGAUAUUCUUGAAAUUCUACUCGUUCGAGUGCAAUACGCGCGGGCAAUGCACUACACGCGCGCGGGCAAUACUAAACGCGCACAUAAAAACACGCGCGCACGAAUCAUCCGGUGCGUUGAAAAUCCACUCGUGAUGCGCAGUAUUCACACCACUCCUCGCGAGACACCAGAAAGCUUUUCGCAGUCAAUCUGGUACCCACAUGUGUGA